AUGGCCAAAAGGAUCUCGUGGAAAGAUGUGGGAGCAUCCAAGGGCCCAACAUUAUUGUCGCCCGCUUUUGUGACCAGCAGCAGCAGUGAAGACUUGGUAUUUACGUCCGGAUGCGUGGGAACAGAUCCUAAGACGCAAGAACUUCCUGAAAGUUUGGAGGAGCAAACAAGAAACGCACUACUAAAUUUGAAAAUUGUGUUGGAAAAGAGCGGAUCGUCUAUGGGCCAGGUGGUCAAGGUUCUGUUAUUUGUGGCAGACAGCUCUUAUGCGGCCGUUGUCAACCGAGUUUAUAGUGAGUUUUUCCCAAACAGUCCAGCUCGUUCCUGUGUGGUGGUUGGAUUUCCCAAUGAAAGGUUGAAGAUGGAACUGGAAUGCGUUGCGGUCGCUGAAAAGCGUAGGAGAUGGUUCAAGCUUUGA